CUAGCGUAAAGUACUUAUUGUAGUGAGGGAACUAUUAGUCAGACGCCCUACAGUAUUUCCGGAAAAAAACAUAAGCAAGGCUAUUUACAGCUUUCACAUCACUUUUGUCAUUAAAAUAUUACAUAUCUUGGAGUGACAACAUACAGCACUCGAACAUGAACGUGAACCAGGGUCAGGGGACAGUGGGAAGUGACCCGGUGAUUCUGGCCACCGCUGGAUAUGACCACACAGUGCGGUUCUGGCAGGCCCACAGCGGCAUAUGCACCAGGACAGUCCAGCACCAGGACUCUCAAGUGAACUCCCUCGAAGUUACUCCCGACAGAAGUAUGAUUGCUGCUGCAGGUUAUCAACACAUUCGUAUGUAUGAUCUAAAUUCCAACAACCCAAACCCGGUCAUAAACUAUGAUGGCGUCAGUAAGAACAUUACGUCAGUGGGCUUCCAUGAGGACGGCCGCUGGAUGUACACAGGAGGAGAGGACUGCAUGGCUCGCAUCUGGGACCUGAGGUCAAGGAACCUGCAAUGUCAGAGGAUCUUUCAGGUCAAUGCUCCCAUCAACUGUGUAUGCCUUCAUCCCAACCAGGCUGAAUUGAUCGUGGGGGACCAGAGCGGUGUGAUCCAUAUCUGGGAUCUGAAGACUGAUCACAACGAGCAGCUUAUUCCUGAACCAGAAGUGUCCAUCAAUUCAGUCCACAUUGACCCAGACGCCAGCUACAUGGCAGCAGUCAAUAGCUCGGGAAACUGUUACGUUUGGAACCUGGCAGGAGGGAUGGGUGACGAGGUGACACAGCUCAUCCCCAAAACCAAGAUCCCCGCUCAUAAGCGCUACUCCCUCCGCUGCAAAUUUAGUCCUGAUUCCACUCUGCUGGCGACCUGCUCGGCGGACCAGACGUGUAAGAUCUGGAGAACAUCUAACUUCUCUCUGAUGACGGAGCUGAGCAUCAAGAGUAAUAACCCUGGAGAGACGUCCCGAGGUUGGAUGUGGGACUGUGCCUUCUCUGGAGACUCACAGUACAUUGUAACAGCCUCCUCUGACAACCUGGCACGGCUGUGGUGUGUGGAGACUGGUGAGAUCAAGAGGGAGUACAGCGGCCAUCAGAAAGCUGUGGUGUGCCUGGCCUUUAACGACAGCGUGCUGGGCUGAGGAGACAGCAGCAGUGGACUCCAGUGGAUGAGAAAGGAGCUACACUACAGCGAAGCUCUGUGACUGUAUAUAUAUCUAUAUCCACACACCCGUCUGUCUGCUUCCACAAAAGCUUUUGAUUUAUCAGGAUAAGAGAGGGGAGAGGCUGUUUUUAUAUUUCUCAUAAGGACCACAAGGAGGUCUAUGGGCUUGUUUGUGUCUUAUAGCUUGGGCGAGGAGUUUACUUACCAUGAAAAACUCUGAGCCAUAGCUAGAUUCAUGUAUUUGGGUUCAAUAGCUUAAUCAAAUGUGAGGUCUUUGAAAAACUGAUGGAUAUCUGUAAUGUGGACUGUGUCCCAAUGUGUGACUGUACAGGAUAUGAUGAAUUCAGGUAAAGACUAACUGGUGUGUAACAUUUACUCUGUGGCGCUUUUGUCUUGAUUCUCUGUUUAAUACAUCGUAACAGGAACUACCACAAAGGCUCUGUUUUUUAGUCUGAAGUGUUGGAAAGAUUCUAUUUCCCUUCUCUAUAGUAAAAGAGACAAUCUGUAUUUUACAACUGUUCUUUAUUGGAGGGAUCAAGUAAUUUUAACACAAUCCAAUAAACAGGAAUGGUUACACACACAA